UUGUUGAUCGGAUGUUAUAAACAGUUUGGGGGAUUACAAGUACUCUAAAAACAAAAAGCAUGCAUCGAUAAACGUUGAUAAUUUUGAGCUCUAAGACUCCAUGAAUAGCAGCUUGGAUGGUCACCUUUGCUGGGAAGGCCAUCAAUCCAUAACAUUCUUGCAGCUCGUACUACUUAUGGAUGCAUUGAUAGUUCUGUGCUAUCCACGAUAUCGCAUACAGCAAAAGUCUAUUAAAUCGUUUUCUGCAUAUGAUGGGAUGGGCUUGAUCACAAUUGUCGGUACUAGUCCCGUAUAUAUAUGCUAUUAUUUAAUCGAGAGUUUGCAGUUUACGGUUCGGUAAAAAUGUAUACAGGUAAUAAACGACCUACUGCGUUCACCUCGCUGGUG